CAGGCCCCCAGGGAGAUGGCUACGGUGCAGCGGUCCGGAGAGAACGGGGAUGGUGGCGAACCAACACUGAGCAAGAAUGAGCAGAAGAGACGCCUGAAAGCUGAAAAGAAAAUGGUGGAGAAGGUGGCCACGCAGAAGGGGCUCAGUGAGAAACCACCGAGCCGGGCCCACGCUGCCACCGCUGCCCACACCACUGAUGACAAUGUGGGUCCCGAGGAGGAGGGCCUGGAUCCGAACCAGUACUACAAGAUCCGCAGCCACGCGGUCCAGCAGCUGAAGGCCAAUGGGGAAGACCCGUACCCACACAAAUUCCAUGUAGACAUCUCGCUGACUCACUUCAUCCAAGAAUACAGUCACCUGCAGCCUGGGGACCACCUGAGUGACGUCACCCUAAAGGUGGCAGGUAGGAUCCAUGCCAAAAGAGCUUCUGGGGGAAAGCUCAUCUUCUAUGACCUCCGAGGAGAGGGGGUCAAGUUGCAAGUCAUGGCCAAUUCCAGGAAUUAUAAAUCAGAAGAAGAGUUUAUUCAUAUCAAUAACAAACUACGCCAGGGAGACAUCAUUGGAGUUCUGGGGAAUCCUGGGAAAACCAAGAUGGGAGAGCUGAGCAUCGUGCCCCAUGAGAUCACAUUGCUGUCUCCUUGCUUGCAUAUGCUGCCUCAUCUGCACUUCGGCCUCAAAGACAAGGAAACACGGUAUCGUCAGAGAUAUUUGGACUUGAUCCUGAAUGACUCUGUGAGACAGAAAUUUAUCAUCCGCGCUAAGAUCAUCACAUACAUAAGAAACUUCUUGGAUGAGCUGGGAUUCCUGGAGGUCGAAACUCCCAUGAUGAACAUCAUCCCAGGGGGAGCGGUGGCCAAGCCUUUUAUCACCUACCACAAUGAGCUGGACAUGAACUUGUACAUGAGGAUCGCCCCAGAACUCUACCAUAAGAUGCUGGUGGUUGGUGGCAUUGACCGGGUGUAUGAGAUUGGACGCCAGUUCCGGAAGGAAGGAAUUGACAUGACUCACAAUCCCAAGUUCACCACCUGUGAGUUCUACAUGGCCUACGCAGACUAUCACGACCUCAUGGAAAUCACGGAGAAGAUGAUCUCUGGGAUGGUGAAGAGUAUUACAGGCAGUUACAAGGUCACCUACCAUCCAGAUGGCCCCGAGGGCCAAGCCUAUGAGGUUGACUUCACCCCACCCUUCCGGAAAAUCAGCAUGGUGGAAGAGCUUGAGAAAUCCCUGGGUGUGAAGUUGCCGGAAACCAACCUCUUGGAAACUGAAGAAACUCACAAAAUGCUUGAUGACAUUUGCGUGGCCAGAGCUAUUGACUGCCCUCCACCUCGGACCACAGCCAGGCUCCUGGAUAAGCUUGUGGGGGAGUUCCUGGAAGUGACGUGCGUCAAUCCCACCUUCCUCUGUGACCACCCGCAGAUAAUGAGCCCUCUGGCUAAGUGGCACCGCUCCAAAGAGGGUCUGACUGAGCGCUUCGAGCUUUUUGUCGUGAAGAAGGAGAUAUGCAAUGCCUACACCGAGCUGAAUGACCCGGUGAGGCAGCGGCAGCUUUUCGAAGAACAGGCCAACGCCAAGGCUGCUGGGGAUGACGAGGCCAUGUUCAUAGACGAGAACUUCUGCACUGCCCUGGAAUACGGGCUGCCCCCCACAGCCGGCUGGGGCAUGGGCAUUGACCGCGUCACCAUGCUGCUCACAGAUUCCAGUAACAUCAAGGAGGUGCUGCUGUUUCCUGCCAUGAAACCUGAUGAUAAGAAGGAAAAUGUAGCAACUGCUGAGACAGUGGACAGCACAAGAGCGGGCACUUCUGUCUAGAAAAGGAGCAUUGCAAGCCACGUAACUCAGGCAUCUUUGCACUUCUGCAGCAGGUUGAGGACGUGCUUGCAUGGUGCUACGCAUCUGACUAUCGAAGUUCAGUCCCAGAGGGAGAGAGAGAGGAAAGGAAUUAGACACCCCUCCUUUACUCCUCGUUACCAAGUAAACCGUUUGUCGCUU